UCUGUCUAAUAGAUUUCCACAAGAGCUUCAGGCCACACUUACUUUCUUCAGAAAGCGGAUUGGUGUGUCAAGACACUAAGACCUCCGUGCCUCGCCUCCACCUUAGCCACUCUGUUCGCAGGUCUGGCGGGGGACCCGGCGACGGUCGUGGUGGUGGCAGUGGUGGCGCUGGGAGAUGCCCGGGAGGCCCACGGAGGUCCAUGUGGCGCCCUAGGUGGGAUGCUGGCAUCCUGAAGGCCGAAGCCCUGGCCCUGCUCCCCUGUGGCCUGGGCAUGGCGUUCUCUCAGUCUCACGUGAUGGCCUCUCGACGGCACCAACAUGGCCGACUCAUCAUCGAGGUGGACGAAUACAGCUCCAAUCCCACCCAGGCCUUCACCUUCUACAAUAUCAAUCAGGGCCGCUUCCAGCCACCUCAUGUGCAGAUGGUGGACCCAGUGCCUCACGAUGCCCCAAAGCCACCUGGCUACACACGCUUUGUCUGUGUUUCUGACACUCACUCAAGGACAGAUCCCAUUCAGAUGCCCUACGGCGAUGUGCUGAUCCACGCUGGGGACUUCACGGAACUGGGGCUCCCAAGCGAGGUGAAGAAGUUCAAUGAAUGGCUGGGCAGCCUGCCCUAUGAGUACAAGAUCGUGAUUGCGGGCAACCACGAGCUGACCUUCGACCAGGAGUUCAUGGCUGAUCUCAUCAAGCAGGACUUUUACUACUUCCCAUCUGUGUCCAAGCUGAAGCCGGAGAACUAUGAGAACGUGCAGUCUCUGCUGACCAACUGCAUCUACCUGCAGGACUCAGAGGUCACGGUGCGUGGCUUCCGGAUCUACGGCUCCCCAUGGCAGCCCUGGUUCUAUGGCUGGGGAUUCAACCUCCCGAGAGGCCAAGCGCUCCUGGAGAAGUGGAAUCUCAUCCCAGAAGGAGUUGACAUCCUUAUAACUCAUGGACCACCACUGGGCUUUCUAGACUGGGUCCCCAAGAAGAUGCAGCGCGUGGGCUGCGUGGAGCUGCUCAACACAGUCCAGAGGCGGGUCCAGCCACGGCUGCACGUCUUUGGCCACAUCCAUGAAGGGUAUGGCGUCAUGGCAGACGGGACUACCACCUAUGUGAACGCGUCGGUGUGCACUGUGAACUAUCAGCCUGUGAAUCCCCCCAUAGUCAUCGACCUGCCCACACCCCGGAACUCCUGACUGCUACCCACUCCAGUUCUGCCUGCCCAUGUCAGCUCUGUAUGUCUGGCCAAGAGCCUGGAUCCCCUAACCCACUUCCUCCCAUGCAGAACAGCCCGGACAGUCCAUUUGGCCACGGGACCAGCCAGCAACGAGUAGAAUCCUUGGGAUAAAAGAAAUCGCCUUUGUCAGCUUUCUACCGCCUGCUGCUGGGGCCUUGAGCAGUCCCAUCAGGGCCACCAGGCUCAUCUCUGUGUUCUGUGUGUGCAUCUGCCCCUUUGUUCUAGAGCCUAACACACUCACAGCCCUGUCUCACUUGGGAAAUGACAGAAGCUCGUUUCGACCGACACCCUCCGGCUUUGAGAAGUCGCUGCUCUCAGAUGGAAUUUGGGAAGUUUUACACAAGAUGUCUAGCUACCCAAGUGUGUGGCUUGUGAGCCCCAAGGUUGUGAAAGUGUAUGGCCUAGGCUCAGGCAGCUCUUCUCUGGCUGGAGGAAAGGAGAUAGACUCGUUCCUUACGUGCAUGGGUCUUGGGAGUGUUCAGGGACAUCUCAGGAAUUCCGACAGCCCCCGGCCAGGCCUAGAGCAGAUGGCUUGGCUUAGUCCCCCAUUCCAUCCUCAGGACCCUGCUGCCAAUGUGGACAAUGGCUGAGUGUCUCCAGCUUCUGGCUCAGAACCUGGAUUUGGGGAGGGGAGCUUUGUUCUUCUGGGUGGCCAGAAACUGCUGGUUACUCAUCACAGUGAGGCCAUCUUAGAUCAUCUGGGACCACACUACUUUGUAGAUCACGAUGGCCAGGGGAUUCUGUGGGCUGAGACCUAUGCCUGGUCAUGUACAUGCCCCACGUUUAUGGCAUGUGUGUGCUUCUCCAAACCUAACCAGGUUGUUAGCAUCUACAAUGAGCUCCAUCCUCCAUGUGAUUGAUUUUUCCCUUCAGAGGGUUCCAGGAAGUUUGUCAGUACCACCAGUAACCGGGAGGUGGCGCAGUUACAGAGCCACCCUGGGUGCUGAUGGCAGCUCCACCUCUGGCUGUAGCCUUUCUUGAGUUAGGCCUGGGUGAACCCAUCUGCAGAGGACAGAGCCAGCAGGCCCUGGGUCAGGGGGAGGCAGAGUCCAUCACUGUCUAUUUAAAAUGCCCAUAUUUGUUCUUUGUGGACUCUUUUUUGCACUCAUUCCGAUUCUUAGUAACAUGUCACUAAAAUAGUAUUAUUUGUCCCGACUCUUGAUGUUUUACACCCUUUAUGUCAUGCAUCAGACACGAGGGCCUCACUUGCUUGGCCUGGUUCCAGCCUUGGGGACCAGAUAUCCUGGUACCUUUACUCGGUAUAAUUUUGUUUUAUCUACAGACAUUCCUGCAAGGUAGGUACUCUUGCCCUGUUACAGAGAUGAGUCCACUGAGGCCAGAGAGGAGAGGUCACUUGCCUGAGGAUGCACAGCACAAAGGGGGCAGCAGUGGGAUUUGGGCCUCCAUCUCUGGCCUCACACCCUCACCAUCACCACUGGAGUUCUCUCCCUGCAAAGCAGGGCCUGGGUGGAGAGUCUCGCUUCAUUUGGAAGGGUCCUGUUCAAAACUGGCUCUUGUUCAUUCUCAACCUCAAGUCCCUCAGACCAUCAGGAAUCCUGAGCUUUCGGCUCAGCAUCCCAGCAUCCUGUGAGGCCCACUCCCAAUUCUUUCUCUGCGGGUGAGUGAGCUGGGCUCUGGGAUGCAUUCCCAGGUCACCUUUGGUGCCCUACGUUGGCUAGGGACAACUGUGCCCCACAGGACACAGGCCUGCAGGAAUCUUGCUUGGGCCAAGUGGUUCCUGGUGUGUGGGACAUUUACAAGGUCUCUCUUCGGUGCCUCAGAUGCAUGGCGUGUUUGGGGCAGAGAAAAAUACAUCUCCCCAGUGCUUUCUCAGCUCCGCAGUUUCUAUAUGGAACAAGAACUAUAAACUUAAAAAAAUUUCCUAGGGCAUCUUCAGAAUGCGGCAUAUUUUUAUGUGGAGAAGAAAAGCUGUGGAGGCAGCUGUCUUGAAGAGAAAAUUCAUUGGAAGUCCUCAAGAUUUGAAAGAUGGCGGCCUGCUCCUCAAUCAUUUUGGCAUAACUUGAUUGUGGCUGUAAUUUUUUUUUUUUGUCAAGCAUGUCAGACAAUAAAGUCUUUGU